AGCGAGCUGACCACCCUCCCAUUCAUCCAUCGUUCUGGUUCGUGAAAUAAUGAUGCGGAUCAACAUUUUUGUUGUCUCUUUAUAAACCAAUAGUUGAAGGAGGUCGGCUGUAUAGCGCCCCGUGGUUAUGAGGCACUUUUUGAUUACAGGCUCCUACUUUUGAGAACGGGUUACAUGGAUGCAAGAUGCUGUUAUGAUUGUAAUGCUCUUAUUGCAGCUGUGACAGUCUUCUGCCUUUGGAAGGUGUAUGUAUGUUACACGCGGCUCCAAGCCGAGGAGUCGUCAUCGAGGAUUCGGUGUAAGGAGGCAGCCUCGGUGCAGCCACAAGCCGCACCCGGAAGCGGGUGAAGUCACCGUUCUAACAGAAAUCCGGGCCCGCAGCUUCCCGCACCCGCCGAAGUCGCCGAACCCUCUGCGCUGGCAAAUUACACGUUGCACCCGCCGUCUCGUCUUAUCAUCAUCACCUUAACGCUUUCGGCUUCUCAAACGACCUUUCAAUCAACCCUCACUGACACCUUCCAUCCACCAUCUCAUAAUCUCUUACUGAUACGCUCACAACGAUACCAUUAAAGAUGGCUCAAAAUGAAGUCUUUCAGUAUUCCCUCAUCUCCGCCCUGAUGGACGGCGUCGCCACGCACGGGACCCCCAUCUCGCGCGUCCUCGAUCACGGCGACCACGGCCUGGGUACCUUCAAGUCCAUGAACGGCGAGAUGAUUGUCCUCGACGGCGUCUGCUACCAAAUGAAGUCCGAUGGCACCAUCGAGCAUAUCCACACUCCCUCAGAGGUGAUCACGCCGUUUGCGACCGUGACCCGUUUCAACCCGGACGUGUCAAUACGGGCCACCAUCUCGAACAAGAAGGACCUGCUAGCCCUGCUGUUGAAGCUAUUUCCCCAGAGCAAGAACCACUUCUUGGCCAUCCGCAUGGAUGGGACGUUCAAGAGGAUCAAGGUGCGCACGGCAGGCGGUCAAUGCUUUCCAAGGGAAGGCAUGCUGGCGGUUGCGGGAAGGCAGGCAACGAACACGUUUGAAGCGGUUAAGGGUACGAUCAUCGGAUUCAGGUGUCCGGCGUACGUGAUGGGGCUCAAUGUGGCGGGCGAUCAUCUGCACUUUAUCGAUGAGGAGAGGCAGAAGGGCGGACACAUUUUGGAGUUUGAGACCGAGGGCGAUGUGGAAGUUGGAGUUUCGUUGAUGUCCAAGUUUCACUUGGAGGUGCCGACAGAGGAUGAGGAGUUCAAUGAGGCGUCACUGGUCCAUGACAAAGAUGGUAUUGAGAAGGUGGAGGGUUAGAGAGGCUGCAACCAACAGGGACGGUGAGGAGGAAUGGAUGUAUGUCACGAAAGAAUAUGAUGAUGAUACCAAUCAGUGCCGGUGCGUUAUCAGCGCGGUUCUUGUAAUAGAGGUCUUUGAAAAGAACAUAGAAGAAUGACGAAACAAUCACAUUCAA